CACUGAAAAGACAAAUUCUUGAUUAUAACUCGAAACAAAAACCAUUUCCAGUCCUGCUACACUGAGCACAAAGAUUCAUCCUUGCCGUCAUUUUAUUGUUCCCUCAACCAAAUGUGACUCGGGCACUUCUCUUUCAGACAGUCCAGAAUGGUCUCUUCGAGGAUCGUUACCGCUCGAGGGGCUGCGGUGGCAGAAUUGGUGAGAAGUUGUCAGCGUUCAGAAUCCCUCUCUCAGGAAGGCUGCCACACGGACCCCAGACCUCUGGAAGGACUAAAUGCCCUUCGGGAGAUGGAUAUAAGCUGGUGUUCUUUUCCAAUCCAUACCUUGGGGCUAAAAGGAGAAACAACUGGAGAACAUCCUCCAAGCUGUUUCCGUAGGGAAAUCACCAUCAAUGCUGGUGAUUUCAGGUGCUGCUUCUUUGGGCAGGACUUCAGGUCUCAUCCAUGCUCACACAGAAGGUGUCAGGAGAGAUCUCAUGAGUACAGUUGCAGCAUUUGCACAAAGAAACAGAACAGACACUUCAUUGUCCCAGCGUCUCGUUUCAAGCUGCUGAAGGGUGCUGAUAAUUUGACCACAUACACCUUCAACACACACCGUGCCCAGCACACGUUCUGCAAGACCUGUGGUGUACAGAGCUUUUAUACUCCUCGUUCGAAUCCAGAUGGCUAUGGAAUAGCUCCCCACUGUCUGGAUGAUGGGACCGUGCAGACCAUUGUCACAGAGGAUAUCAAUGGCAAGGAAUGGGAGAAGGCAGUGAAGGAACAUAAGACCAUCAGAGACAUGUCAAAACCAUGACACAUCCUUCCAGCAACUGACCUUGGAGUACUGCCAUGGAACUCUAGUCUGGGCUUUCCUGGGUGAGGGCUGGCAAAGUUAAUCUCUACAUUAUUGUUAACAGUUCUGUUUCUUAAAUAAAUCUUUCUAUGCUGCCUGUCCCAUUAA